AUUGACUUUUGAAAUUUGAGUUUUGGAAGUGGGCGCAAAUAGCGGAAGCCGGAAAGAUUGUUUUGUUGUGAUUUGUCGUAAAAAACUAAAUGUGUCGUAACUAUUUGAAAUACUGUUUUAAAAACUGAUUUAUUGCAAUUCACAAAAACAUUUUAUUGGAGUGAUACACAGAAAAUUGUUAGAGCCCAAAAGAAACGGGAAUGAAAAUGGCGGGACUCGAAUCAAUGGUUGUUGAAGAGGUUAAACCAGCAGAGAAACCAGUGGAUAGAGAAAAGACGUGCCCUUUGUUGCUGAGAGUAUUUUGUUCAACCGGAAGACACAAUUCACCAGGUGAUUAUGCUAGAGGAGGCGUUCCACAAAAUGAACUACAAAUAUACACAUGGAUGGAUGCAACUUUGCGGGAACUCACUAGUCUCGUCAAAGAAGUGAACCCGGAAACUAGGCGUAAGGGAACUUAUUUUGAUUUCGCAAUUGUAUACCCAGAUAUGAGAACUCCCACUUAUCGUAUGAGAGAGAUAGGAGUUACCUGCUCAGGACAAAGGGGAAAUGAUGAUAACAAAACACUAUCACAAGUAAAGUUUCAAAUCGGCAAUUACUUGGAUAUAUCUAUCACACCAGCCAAUAGAAUGCCUCCUCCGAUGAGAAGACCUCAACCUUAUAUGAAUAACCGCCCAUAUUAAUCUUAGAGAGUGAAUUAUAAUAAAGGUAAAAUAUUUUAAGGUA